GAUUGCUGGAGGCUUUUUGCUGGAGGUUGAGUGUGCUGUCCGCUCUCUGGCACAGCUGGCUAUUCUAGUCACAGAGGAAGAGAGGAGAAGAGACUUUCCGAAGUUCUGGAUGAAAUGAUAGAAGAUGUUUGGGGGAUAUUAAAAAACAGCAACAACAAAAACCCCGUGUUAUUCAAGCAAGCUUCUUAGCUUUGUGGAAUCUAUGUCAGUUGCUUAGGACUUGAGUUUUUACUUCAGAGGAUGAUGGGACAAGAGGAGGUUUGUGUUGGAUUCUUGCUUAUCUGUCUGCCUCUCCUUCCAGUUGGAAAACUCUUCAAUCCACAAGAAGCAUUAUUAACAAGCCUAAGGAACACACCCUACCCUGAUCCUGGAUUCUGUUGGAGUUGAGGAUUACAGCCACUUCACCCGGAUUUUAUGGAAGCAGUUCAAGAAAAAUAGAAGGAAGCAAUACUCAAGGAUUUCUGUUUGUGUUAGUCCUGUGCCAUGUUCAGUUUUGCUCCUUGUUUGGAGCAAGUGGGGGAUGGCUCUGUCAUGUGGAUCUAAGAGGAUACCUGUGUUCCUGGAGCUACAUCUGUGAUGUUUGAAAGGUUGUAAAGGCAAAAUCAACACAUACUCGUUAACUUCUGGAUGCUCUUUCUAUUAAGGACUUCAGCAGACAGAAACUCCCUCUCCAAAACCUCUGUGUUUUCAAGCUAAAUCGGAACGAUGUCUUGGAAGAGAAAUUAUUUUUCAGGGGGCCGUGGGAGUGUCCAAGGGAUGUUUGCUCCUCGAAGCUCAACCUCCAUCGCCCCCAGCAAAGGGCUCAGCAAUGAGCCAGGACAAAACAGCUGCUUCCUCAACAGCGCCUUGCAGGUUUUGUGGCACUUGGACAUCUUCCGCCGUAGCUUCAGGCAACUUACAACUCACAAAUGCAUGGGAGAUUCCUGCAUCUUUUGUGCUCUCAAGGGAAUCUUUAACCAGUUUCAAUGUAGUAGUGAAAAAGUGCUUCCAUCUGACACUCUCCGCAGUGCUUUGGCAAAGACUUUCCAGGAUGAACAGCGUUUCCAGCUGGGAAUCAUGGAUGACGCCGCAGAGUGCUUUGAAAACCUGCUGAUGAGAAUUCACUUCCACAUUGCUGAUGAGACCAAAGAGGAUAUAUGUACUGCCCAACACUGCAUCUCCCACCAGAAGUUUGCAAUGACGUUGUUCGAGCAGUGUGUAUGUACUAGCUGUGGCGCCACUUCUGAUCCGCUGCCCUUUAUCCAGAUGGUGCAUUACAUCUCCACCACUUCCCUCUGCAAUCAGGCUAUUUGUAUGUUGGAAAGACGCGAAAAGCCCUCACCGAGCAUGUUUGGUGAGCUGCUACAGAAUGCCAGUACCAUGGGGGAUCUGCGGAACUGUCCGAGCAACUGUGGGGAGAGGAUUCGGAUUCGCCGUGUGUUGAUGAAUGCACCCCAGAUUAUCACAAUCGGACUGGUUUGGGACUCGGACCACUCAGAUUUGGCAGAAGAUGUCAUUCACAGCCUGGGGACCUGCCUCAAGUUGGGCGAUCUGUUUUUCAGAGUGACAGAUGACCGAGCCAAGCAGUCUGAACUGUACUUAGUAGGAAUGAUCUGCUACUAUGGCAAACAUUAUUCUACAUUCUUCUUCCAAACAAAGAUCCGCAAGUGGAUGUAUUUUGAUGAUGCUCAUGUCAAAGAGAUUGGGCCCAAAUGGAAGGAUGUGGUGACCAAAUGCAUCAAGGGGCAUUAUCAGCCUUUGCUGCUGCUUUAUGCAGACCCGCAGGGAACCCCGGUGUCCACCCAGGACCUGCCUCCCCAAGACGAGUUCCAGUCAUACAGCAGGACGUGCUACGAUAGUGAAGAUUCAGGGAGGGAGCCCUCCAUCUCAAGUGAUACUCGAACAGAUUCCUCAACGGAGAGCUAUCCCUACAAACACCCCCACCAUGAGUCUGUGGUCAGUCACUUCUCUUCUGAUUCUCAGGGAACAGUCAUCUAUAAUGUGGAGAAUGAGUCCACGUCUCAGAGCAGUCGGGACACAGGACACCUGACUGAUAGCGAAUGUAAUCAGAAACUCACAUCCAAGAAAGGGUCUCUGAUAGAGCGCAAGAGGAGCUCUGGCCGGGUUAGGAGGAAAGGCGACGAGCCCCAGGCGUCAGGGUACCACAGUGAAGGAGAAACACUGAAAGAAAAGCAGGCGCCUAGGCACGCCUCUAAACCGUCUGGCAGCACCAGCAGGUUAAGGGAUUUUAAAGAGACAGUCAGCAAUAUGAUCCAUAACAGACCAUCCCAGGCUCCUCAGACCAACCUAGGAUCUCCCUGUGGAGGGAGAGGAGGAGACCAGACUGAUAAAAAACCUCCUAGGAACCUGCUUUUACACUCUCGUGACUGGGAAGUAGAGAGCACCAGCAGUGAGUCAAAAUCCAGUUCUUCUAGCAAGUAUCGACCAACAUGGAGACCCAAACGGGAGUCUCUGAAUAUUGACAGUAUCUUUAGUAAGGACAAAAGGAAGCACUGUGGCUAUACCCAACUUAGCCCAUUUUCUGAGGAUUCAGCCAAAGAAUUUACACCAGAUGAACUAAGCAAGCCACCUACUUACGACUUUAAAACUGCUGCACCAAGCCCCCAGUACAAGCCCUGGGGCCCAGCACGGCCGGGCUCUCACCUUUUAGAGCAGCACCCCCGCCUAAUUCAGCGGAUGGAAUCUGGCUAUGAGAGCAGUGAGAGGAACAGCAGCAGCCCUGUCAGCCUGGAUGCCGCUCUGCCCGAGAGUGUCUGCAGGGAUCCGAGUGCUAAGAGAUCAGCUGGGUUGACACCUUCCUGGCGUCACAUCCCAAAGUCUCACAGCAGUGGCAUCCUGGAGGCGGACUCUAUAGCAUCUAGGAGUGGCUGGAUGAAGAACCAGCCCCUCUUAGGUGGGGAGAUACCUUCCAAAAGUGAAUUGGAUGAAUUGCAGGAAGAGGUGGCCAAGAGGGCCCAGGAACAGGAACUACGAAGGAAACGAGAGAAGGAACUAGAGGCAGCUAAAGGGUUUAACCCUCAUCCCAGCCGCUUUAUGGACUUGGAUGAACUGCAGAAUCAGGGGAGGAGUGACGGCUUUGCGAGGUCCCUGCAAGAGGCAGAUUCAGUAUUUGAAGAAGCACUGCAUCUGGAACAGAAAGGAGACUGUGCUGCAGCCUUGGCUCUCUGUAACGAAGCUAUCUCUAAACUCAGACUUGCCCUGCAUGGUGCCAGCUCUAGCACGCACAGCAGAGCCCUAGUCGAUAAGAAGUUGCAAAUCAGUAUUCGAAAAGCACGGAGCCUACAGGAUCGCAUGCAGCAGCAGCAGUCAUCGCAGCAGCCGUCGCAGCCCACAGCCCGCCCCCCCUCACAGGGCGGGGCUCUCCCUCAGCCAACAAGUGAACAACCUGUCCCGCUCCAAGUAUUGCUAAGCCGGGAGGCCCAACUGGAACCCUACACGAAUAUAGAGUUUGGGGCCAGUUCUUUCGUCUACUCACCUGCUUCGUGCCAUGAGUCACACUCAUCAGUAUUCCCAGAGUCAUCUGCCCUGUCUGCCUCACAGCACAAUCCCCCCAGUAGGUCUGCCUCGAACCUUCUUACUUCGGUUGAGGUGGACAGUGUUGAGCCCUCUGUGUUCCCCAGGCAGGGCUUACCUAAAACACCAGAGAGGACCGAGAAGAAUUCUCCUCACGGUUGGGAACCGCUGGGUAUACCAGAGGGUAAGCUGCAAGGCUACAGGGGUGACAACAGCAGCUAUGCCAGGUUCCCCCCUCAAGAAGGAAGAGGAAUUGAUCAAGAACAGUUAAUCCAAGAAAAGAGGGAUCCUGCUGACUCAUCCCAAGUGAUGCCUUAUUCGCACCCACCUGGAACAGCCACCUGUGAGAGAGGAGAUGCACACAGCCUGGGCUGUCGCCCUGCAAGUCCAUCCGCUCAUCCCAGCCAACCCCCAUGUAGAGCCUACCCCCCUGUGAUGCCUGCUGCUUCCUCAUCUGUGCUUCACUCUCCUGAUGCUGUGCAGAACACUAACCAAUGCCUCCCAGCCCAAAGUCUCAAAACUUUAUUGACUUCAAAAGUGGACGGAGGCAGCGAGGAGCCCUGUAGGCCAGAGUUUCCAGGCACAAAGGGGCUUGUUCGCUCUCUGGCAGAGCAGUUCCAAAGGAUGCAAGGCGCCUCCCCAAGGGAUGGUGCAGGUUCCCAGGAUAGAAGUUUGCCAAAUAGUAUAAGGAAGAACUCUUCCCCUGCUGACUCUAAGCCUCCCUUCCCACAGGGUCAAGGGAAAGGCCAUUGGCCUUGGGCAAAACAGCAACUCUCUGUGGAUGGCAGGAACAGGCUUCCUUCCUGGGAAGAGCCUGCUGAUCAUCCUUCUCUUGCCAUGAACCCUGGGCUGCCUAAUGGUGAAGCUUCUUGGGGAGGACAGCCCAGGUUGGCAGAGGCAGGUAUGUACCAAGGGAAGCCAUCUCAAGGGAGAGAUGCUAGGCCUACGGAGCCAGGCAGCAAUAGUGACGUGGGGACUUCCUUGCCUUUGGAUUCCUGGGUGAAUGUCACAAGGCUCUGUGAUUCUCAGCUUAAACCUGAGGUCCCUGGGCCAGGAAUGAAGUCCUCCCCCAACAAUCCCCGUACCUGUGUGGCCUAUCCGGAAAGAAACCACAUCUUUUUGCAUCCACACUGGAACCAAGACACAGAGCAGGAGACCUCAGAAUUGGAGUCUCUCUACCAGGCCAGUCUUCAGGCUUCUCAAGCUGGCUGUUCUGCAUGGGGACAGCAGGAUGUGGACCGGCACCCACUUAGCCAAACAGGUUCUGCAGAUGGCGUGGGGAGAAGGUUGCAUUCAGCCCCUGGCCUUGGUCUCUCAAAGACCCCAACAACAGAAAUGGAGCACAGUCUCCAUGAAGCCAGCAUAGCGCCUGCUUCUCAGGAUUCAUCAAACUCGAGGAAAAAGCCUUUGGAAACCGGGCACCGUUGUUCCAGCUCCUCUUCCCUCCCUGUCAUCCAUGACCCUCCUGUGUUUCUCCUUGGUCCCCAACUCUACCCACCCCAACCACAGUUCCUGCCCCCAGAUGUCUUGAUGCCCAGCGUGGCAGGGGAGCCCCAUAGACCCCCAGGAACUUCAAGGAGUGUCCAGCAGUUUCUGGCUAUGUGUGACAGGGGUGAAACUUCCCAAGGGGUCAAGUACACAGGAAGGACUUUGAACUACCGGAGUCUCCCCCAUCGUUCCAGAACAGAUGCCUCCUGGGGACCAUGGUCAGAGGCCAACCAGCACACUGGGGCCAGAUUCCUGACUACUCCAGAGUGCCAGCUUCAGCUAACCCACACUGCCACACUACCAGAAAGACGCCAGGGCAUUCAGGUUCCUCACUCUCAGUCCUGGGGGGAUCUUUUCCAUUCACCCUCCCACCCUCCCAUUGUUUACCCUGUGUCCCCACCAUCAAGCAGUCUUCAUGUACCCCUGAGAUCAGCUUGGAAUUUAGGUCCUGUUUCAGGGUCUCGAGCCCCUGGUCCUCGAAGAGUAGAUAUGCCCCCAGAUGAUGACUGGAGGCAAAGCAGUUACGCCCCACAAUCUGCACACAGGAGGACAGGGGGGCAGGAGUUUCUGUUUGUUCUAGCGGAUGCCCCUGCAAGAGAGAUCAGGGCUAGAACCCUGCAGCAUAGCAGAUGGUAAGGGUCACCCUUUUCCUUUCCUGGAACCACAGCCUUCUCUGUUAAACUGGAGUGUGGCAGAGUUGGUACCCUGUAUCCCUGCUGGGGUUGUGCUAGUCUCAUCUCACUAGGGGUACCAAGAACCUCUACCAUGAUGUGGCUCUUUGAGAAGGAUUAUGUGAAAUUCCAAUAUCCGUUCACCUAGCAAAAGGAAGCAGCUGCUGUUUAGGGCUUUCUUUGAGCCACUUUAAAGAUGAACCCAUAUUACUCUGGACACUAGCCACUCCUUAGGAUCUUAGGGUCACCAUUUUAUUCCUGGAUACUUUAUGCCCCCACCUGCACCUGAGCCCUCAUCCUCUGUUCCCUACUGUGCUACCAACUUCUAUUCUUUGUUUUAUGCACCUAUCCCUAUUACCUGACCUCCUGCCUUUCCCCAUCCCCUGUUCUUGGAGGGACAUGUAGCCCUGUGGUUAUGGUCCUGACCACAUUAUUCAGGGCAGCCCACCUGCCCAGGUAUUAUGGACUGUCUGCCUUCCCUGUGCCCCCAAACCUUAGGCCUAGAAUACGGAGCUGCCAACAUAGUAACAUUUGCCCUCUGAACAGAUGGAGUCAGGCACACUAACAUGCCCCCAUCUCCGCAGCAGAAUCAUUACUGCCACUUGCUCAGUCGCCGUUGUAAACCCUCAGUCAGCUGAACUAUUUUAGGGCCAAACAUACUGUUUUUGUAAAGUAUUUUUCAUUAAUAAAUAUAUAAGAUAGU